AUGCCCCCCAAAAAGUUCUUCAAAGGCAUCACCUUCGCAUUGUCAGGCAAGCUGGCGCAGACGCAGAAGGCAUACGAGGAGUUGAUUCGUCGUCAUGGCGGAGAGGUUUCCUCCACCGUCACGACUUCUGUGCAGUUCCUCGUCUCUACGGACGAGGACGUGAAGGCCAAUUCGCACAAAGUGGCUUUGGCCAAGGGGCGAGGAACACCAAUCGUGCAAGAAGGUUUCUUGGGCUGUUGCAUAGCAGCGAAGUCGCUGCUCGAUCAUUGCACCUUCCUCAUCAAGGCAUCUGAUCCCGCAAAAAAGCGGGAGGCGGCAAAGGCCUCCGCAAGCCCGGCUAAGAAGGCCAGGAUUGCGAAGGACGAGGCCGAGCCCACGGGUUCCUCCGCAACUGCCUCCACAUCGGUGGCAUAUGCCACGACGGAGGCCCCAGUGAUCGCAAAAAGUGGGCUGGGAGGCAAAGCUGCUGUCGUGCAAGAGCAAGCGAAGAAAGGUUUGAUGAUGAAGGGCACUCUGACGUGGGAUGUAGAGCUGGUGUUAAACGAUCCGGCCAAGGGGACGGACAAGUACUACAACAUGCAACUCCUGGCGAGCACUGAUGGCUCGGAAUUCUGGGCGGUGCAGCAUUGGGGAUGGACAGGCCUAGAUGGCCGUGUGCACGUGGAUGGUCCUUUCAAAGAGCUCCACGCUGCCAAGGCAGUCUUUCGAAGGAAGUACCGUCAGAAGACAGGCAACGUGUGGGGUCAACUUGGCAUGACCUUUGAAGAGAUGCCCGGCAAGUACAGGCUGGUGAGCCUGGAACCAAGCGGCAGCGGCCAUGCCAAGGGCAGGUGGCAGUUCUACAUGCACAAUGCCAUUGAUGGCAAGGAGGUCGGCUGGUACGACUACGAUGCCGCAGCCGCCGCGAGGCUGGAGAAGUACUGGCGUCAGUUCUGUGACCAUCCCGACCUGAAGCUGGGAGUGCGGGUGAUCCACAGCGACUACUUUGCCUAUGAGAUCAAUUUCAAUGAGCUCUGGCAGACAAACAUCAAAACAGGAACUCGUCGCGCCAUUCGUCGGUUCGCAGACGGAGAGGUCCCUUUGGACACGCCUCCGCACCGAAUUCCUGAGCCAGCGGCGCCUGCGAAGCCUCCG